CUCUGACCUCAAACGUAGUCAAAGCUCAAGGAGCACAACUUGUCUGCUCAGACUCAUCGGUUCUUGGGAACAGCUGAAAUGUGGAUUCUGCUCAGUGUCAUCCUCAUCGGGUGGGGAUCCUGUGCUUACGGGCAAGUAACAUGUACUCCUCCUUAUAUUCAAAAUGGAAUCAUCAGACCUAAAAAAUCCACAUAUAGAGGUGAAGAUUUAGUCACAUACGAGUGCAUAAAUAACUUUUACCCUACAACUCGGGAAACAACAAUAAAAUGCACAAUGGCAGGAUGGGAACCAAGUCCAAGAUGUUCUUUCAAACCUUGUGAAUUUCCAAACAUAACACAUGGAUACCUAUCUGACAAAUACAAACCAGAGUUUCCAGCACCUGUAGGAAAAAGGUACUUCUAUAUCUGUCAUGAAAAUUUUGUGACGCCUUCCAAACGCAUCUGGGAAUACAUCGAGUGCACAGAAACAGGAUGGAAGCCAGAAGUGCCUUGCCUCAGAAAAUGCCUCUUCAAUUAUUUGGAAAAUGGAAAGCGGUCAUGGAUAUCAAAAACAUAUUUCCAAGGUGAAUCGAUGAUACCUGAGUGCAAUCCUGGCUUUAGUCUUCCAAAUGGGCAGACACUCAUGACAUGUACAGAGAAUGGCUGGUCCCCACCUCCCAAAUGCAUUCAAAUCAAAACAUGUUCACAUUCAGACAUAGAAAUUCAGAAUGGUUUUUUUUCUGAAGCUCCUACUCACUAUCCCUUAAAUAAACAAGCACAAUACAAGUGCAAACCAGGCUUUGCAACAGCAAAUGGUGAAACUUCAGGAACAAUUACCUGUCAGCAAACUGGAUGGUCAGCUCAACCUAAAUGCUUUAAAUCUUGUGAUAGGCCGGGAUUUGAGAAUGCUCUAAUUAAAAGAAUUGGUGCACGGUUUAUGCUCAAUGACCAGCUGGAGUAUCAAUGCAAACCUGGCUAUGAAACCAAAACAGGAAGGACCAGUGGUUCCAUAGUGUGUGAGCAAAACGGUUGGUCUGAUCAACCUGUAUGUCUUGAAAAAGUAUGCACUGUCCCGAAGUUAGACGAAAACAUAUUGGCUACUCCCUCAAAAGAAAAAUAUACAAUUGGAGAUGUGUUGAAAUUCUCUUGUAGAAAUAAAUUUGAGAGAGUUGGACCAGAUUCAAUUCAGUGCUAUCACUUUGGAUGGUCUCCUAAUCCUCCAACAUGUACAGAUCAUGUUAAACGUUGUGGUUCCCCGCCUUCACUUUUGAAUGGAAGAUUGACAGAAGUGGAGAGAGAAGCCUAUGAACACAGUACCAUGGUGGAAUAUGUUUGUGAUCCUCAGUUUCUGAUGAAAGGUUCUAGGAAGAUUCAGUGUGUUGAUGGAAAUUGGACACCUCUGCCUAUAUGCAUUGCGGAGCAGAGUACAUGCCGAGAUAAGCCUGAACUUGAGAAUGGCUUUGCUGAUUCCUCUGCUCCUCUUUAUUAUCAUGGAGAGUCAAUCGAGUUCAAAUGCACGGAUGGAUUCACAAUGAUUGGAGAGAAAUCAGUUACAUGUUUCCGUGGAAGAUGGACCCAACUUCCUAAGUGCAUCGCAAGAAAUAAACUUAAGAUGUGUAGAAAAGAAAAAUUGAUUUCAUCUCAUCCUUUUAAGAAUAAGUUUAAUCACAAUGACAAUGUAAUUUACACAUGUAAUAGUAAAUCAGAAAUAAAAUUCUCAACUUGCAUAAAUGGAAACUGGGAUCCUGAAAUAAACUGCAAAGGUCAAACAAUACAGGUCUGCCCACCCCCACCUCAGAUUCCCAAUAGUCAAAUUAUGACGACCACAGUCAAUUACAGGGAUGGAGAAAGAAUAUCAAUUCUCUGCCAAGAAAAUUAUCUAAUGCAGGAAUCAGAAGAAAUGGAGUGCAAAAAUGGAACCUGGCAGUCAGUACCACGCUGUGUAGGUCAAAAACUUCCAUUUUCUCAGCCACUUCAGAUUGAACACGGAAGCACUACAUCAGCUAGGUCUUCACUGGGGCUCGAAAUUUACCCACAUGGCACCAUACUGAAUUACACUUGUCAAGCUGGCUUUAAGAUAUUUGAAGAAGACAACAUGAUAACAUGCUCCAGCUAA